AUGACGGGGGGUUUCAGACAUCGUCUGCGUCGCUGGUACCGCGAGAAGCGCACCAGGUUCUCAUCAAGCUCCAAGACCACGUCCAGCUCAAAGAUGCAUUCGACCAUCGCCAACAGCACAUUCCCUCUGCUCCGACUGCCUGGCGAGCUGCGCAACCGCAUAUACGAGUACGCACUCCAGACCGACGACGACGACGACGGUUUGAAGUUUGACAGCGGUGUGAGGUCCUAUGAGGGUGUGUCUCGCGACGACGGAUUUGACGGCCACAACAUCCCACGCUUCAUCCCCUACGGAGUCUCCCGCUCAAAUUGCAAAGACCACCUCAAUCAGCUGAAAUUGACCUGUCGCCAGUUGUACAAGGAGACCGCGGGGCUGGAGCUCCAAGUUAAUCGAGUGCAAUUUCUUACCCACUGGAGUGAUAAAUUCGGCCCUGGACAACUUUUCCUGACUUUCAUCCGGAGCUGCGCAGCGAAUAAACGGGGAUGUUUCCGCGACAUUAGCCUCUGGGCAAGCACUCAUAGACAGGUGCCAAAGCUUAGCCAGUCGCUUGAAUCCAAAGAUGUCAUGUUCGAGCUGGCCGAAUACUGCCGGCAGCAUCCUCAAGUCAACAUCAACUAUGCCGUCCCGUACUUGGACACACAUAACUUGUGGAUAGACGUCGUGGCGCAGGGCCUGUUUCUAAGCUUGGUGAUAGACGAAGAGGAUCUACGUGCAGUAGCAACCAUCGCCCACAACAGCGCACUCGAUGAUAUGGAGACUGCAGAGUUUUACCAGGAUGCAAACGGCGCUGCGGUACUUCGCGUAUCGAACCUGAAAUUCCGAUUUGACAUAGCGGAGAUUAGGAACAUUGGAUCCUUUCAGAGGGAACUUGCGACCGCUCCCUGGCUUGAUGCUAGGGUAUGUCUCGAGUUGGCGACGAAGUGGAUAAAGGAGGGUAUCUGA